AUGGCUACCGUAACGGUUCGAUCACCCUCAAAAUCAGCUUUCCUACCGGCUUUGCUUCUCUUCAUGAUUGUAGCCAUAAACCAGUCGGAAGCACAACUCUCCACAAACUUCUACGCCAGCUCCUGCCCCAACGCCCUCUCCACAAUACGAAACUCCAUCAGAACAGCCAUCUCCAGAGAAAGAAGAAUGGCGGCCUCCCUCCUCCGCCUCCACUUCCACGACUGCUUCGUCCACGGCUGCGACGCCUCCAUCCUCCUCGACCAAUCCCCAACCAUCACCUCCGAGAAAACCGCCCCACCAAACGACAAAUCCGCCAGAGGCUACGAGCUCAUCGACGCCGCCAAAGCCCGACUCGAAACGAUCUGCCCUGGGGUCGUUUCAUGCGCCGACGUCCUCGCCGUGGCGGCAAAAGAAGCCUCCGCCUACGUGGGAGGCCCCUCGUGGGCCGUGAAGCUCGGCAGGAGAGACUCCACGUCGGCAUUCCCUGAUGAAACCCUCACCGAUCUCCCGUUCUUCAAAGCCGACCUCCAGACCCUGAUCGACAACUUCGGGGCCAAAGGGCUCAGCCCGAGAGAUAUGGUUGCGCUCUCCGGGGCCCAUACUUUGGGCCAGGCCCAAUGCUUCACCUUUCGCGACAGGAUCUAUAGCAACGGAACUGAUAAUAUUAUUGACCGUGGAUUCGCUAGCACAAGGAGGCGUCGCUGCCCGGCUGUUGGUGGAGAUGAUGCGUUGGCCGCGAUGGAUUUGGUGACUCCCAAUUCGUUUGAUAAUAAUUACUUCAGGAAUCUGGUGCAGAGGAAGGGGCUUCUUGAGACCGAUCAAGUGCUGUUCAGCGGCGGAUCUACGGAUAGUAUUGUGAUGGAGUAUAGCAGGAGUCCUUCCAGGUUCAGUGCCGAUUUCGCGGCGGCCAUGAUCAGGAUGGGAGAUAUUCAGCCUCUCACUGGUUCAGCUGGCCAGAUUAGGAGGAUUUGCGGCGCCGUCAACAACUGA